AUGGGCCAUCUUCAUGAAGAAGACUGCGAAGCCCUAAUUUUCUUUUCCUCCGUACUUGUAGAUGGAGACGGAGACGGAGGCGGAGGCGACGAAGGAGACGAUUGUUAUGAUGAAGGAAGACAUCGACAGACCCUCGAUAAUUCCUCAAUCACCGGAGGAGAAAGAGCAAGGGACGGCGGCGGCGGCGGCGGAGAAUCGUACUUCAGGAGUAAGCAGGGGUGCAGCCACGUGAAGUCGUGCCGCUACGCCCACGGGGAGGAGGAGCUCCGACCCAGACCCGAUAAGACGUGGGACCCCACAUCCGAGAGGGCGAAGAAGCUGCAGAAGGAGGAGGCCAACGGAUGGGAGGCGGAGGAGGAGGAGGAGGAGGGAUCGGACGAGGCUAACCUCGACAAGUGUCUGAUCGGGCUCCCCAGGAACUGGGGCUCGGAUAGCCUGAACAAGUUUCUCGAUGGACAGGGAAUUCACUACAAAUCUGCUAAAAAGAAGAAGAGGAUGGCUGUAGCCUUUGUGGUAUUUGAGAAUGUUGAACAGGUCAAAGAUGCCAUCAAGAUUUUAAAUGAGAAGUCUGAUGGUGGAAAGCAAAUAAAGAUUGCAAACGCCACUCGUCGAUCUAAUGAGAAGAGGCGUGCAUCUGGAACGACUCAAGGCCUCCCGGUCAAUGAGGGUCAUGAUGAGGAUAACGAUGCCGCUGAUAAUGACACCUCGGUAACUGAAGGGCUGGUGCCGAAGACAAGAAGUGCUCGUGACGUAGUCACUCCCCUGGCUCAUAUGCCCUACCCUGACCAAUUGGAACACAAGAAAAAUUCAUUAUUGCAGACACUUAAGCGGCUAACUAGGAACGCGCGCAAGGCUUGUCCAGAUGCUAUUCCACUUCCAGAGUGGAUUUUAAAAUCUCGAGAGAUAGGUGGUCUUCCAUGCAAAUUUGAAGGCAUUAUGGAAUCACCAGUCGUUGAUGGAUACCGGAACAAAUGUGAGUUCUCGGUGGGUUAUUCAUUACAGGGAAAGCGAACCGUGGGGUUUAUGCUUGGAAAUUUUAGAGAAGGUGUGACAGCAGUAGAGGAACCAGUUAAUUGCCCAAAUGUCUCCAGAAUCUCUUGCAAAUAUGCAGUUAUAUUUCAAAACUUUCUGCAAUCAUCCGUUUUUCCUGUUUGGGACAGAAUUAAUAACACUGGAUUUUGGCGGCAAUUUACGGUGCGAGAGGGAAGAAAUCCAGGGCAAGCUGAUCUACAUGAGAACCCAGAAACUCAAAUUGCGGAAGUCAUGCUUAUAAUUCAGGUUUGCUCACUAGAUGUUGCUGAUGAACAAAUGAAAAUUGAAUUCACAAGAAUGGCACAGGCUUUUGCACAAGGUGCAGCUUCAUGUUCACCUCCACUCCCUCUCACGACAAUAGUAGUGCAGGAUCAUAAAGGAAUUUCAAAUGCUGCGCCAGCUGACUGUCCGCUGCUGUCGUUACCAAUACCAAAUAUGAACGGAGAUUCUUCUCCAGGAAAAUCAGGUGCCAUGGAAGCAAGAAUACAUGAUUAUAUAAGCAAUCUCCGCUUCUCUUUAUCACCGACAGCCUUUUUUCAAGUUAAUACUCUUGCUGCAGAGAGAUUAUACUCCCUUGCUGGUGAUUGGGCAGAGUUAUGUCCAGAUACAUUGCUCUUUGACAUAUGCUGUGGGACAGGAACAAUUGGCUUGACCUUAGCACAUCGUGUUGGCAUGGUUAUUGGUGUUGAGAUGAAUGAAUCAGCAGUGGAAGACGCACAGAGAAAUGCACAGAUCAACAGUAUAGAUAAUUGCAAGUUUGUAUGUGGAAAGGCUGAGGAUGUUAUAGGUGCACUACUAAGGGAAUAUCUAGGUGUAGCACAGCAGCGGGGUGAUGCUUCUGCUGUUUCUGGAAGCAACAACGUAAAAGAAGAUGCAAAUGGAAGUAAUAGCACCAAAACUGAAAAGCUCUUGGUUGAUGAAGAUGCUCCAGUGGAUGCUCAUGCUGCUAAUUCUAGUGUGGAGGUGGAGAAACACCUGUGUGAAAGAUCAAUAACUUUGGGAGUGUCAGAGAAUUUGGAUGGAGAAAACACAACAAAUUCUAAUAAAGAUUGUGACAAUAAUGAUUCGAUAGCAGAUGAAAGUUCAAACCAUGAAAUUAUAGUCACUAACAGCUCAACAAAUUUUUUGAAAAGCUGCACAGAGUGUAGGCCCGCAAGUCAAGGAAAUAAAGAGUGCACAGAUGUAAAUCAAGACAUUCUGAAGUUCACUGACACAAAUAAACAGAAUGGUGAAUGCAAAGAGACAUCUCAUGAUGGCCACAUUUCCGAAGAGAAGGGAAUAAAAGAUGCUCCUGCUUGUCAUUUUAAGGACAUUGUUGCCAUUGUUGACCCUCCACGAGUUGGACUUCACCCUACUGUGAUUAAAGCGCUGAGGACACAUCCACGCAUAAGGCGACUUGUCUACAUCUCCUGCAAUCCUGAAAGUCUAGUGGCAAAUGCCAUUGAGCUCUGCACUCCUACUUCUGAUAAGUCGGAGAAAGGAAAGGGAAACAGGGGAUGGAGGAGCAUGAGUGCAGCUGGUUUGGCUCGGCACAGGACCAAGUCUAUGCCCUCCUCAGAGCCCUUCCGGCCGGUCAGAGCCAUGGCUGUCGAUCUAUUUCCCCAUACUCCACACUGUGAGAUGGUAAUGCUGCUUGAGAGGUAAAAGAGCAUCAUCAUCCGUACUUAACUGGAGAUGUUGCUUGUGAUAAAGCUCACCAGUUGUAGGAUUGAAUCAUCUCCUUGGCUUCCCAUGCCUUAGCGCGUGGUGAUAUAUUCUUUAUGCCCACCAAGAGAGCUCAUCCGCAUUUGUAGGUUUCCAAAUUUUGCUCUAUCAAAGCCUUCUAGUAAUUAUUUAGCCUUUGUAACAUUUAAUAUUUUAUAUUGCUCCUUCAUUUUACUACGAGGGUCGCGUCAUGUAUCAUCUCGUUCACAAUAAUGAAGUAACUUCCAAAAGUUUGAUAGUUUA